UGUGCUCGUGCUCAGAACUCGCGUUACAUUGUCGCACUCUGGACGCUGCUGGAGUAUUUAAUACCGGUAUCCAGACGCUUCAAAACUACACACAUACAACAGCAACAACAACCAAAGAAGUAAAACUACUGUAGGAUUUUGCUCCGUCUUUGCUCAGUGUUUAAUUUAGGUGUGUUUGGACUUGAAUAUCUCCCCCCAGCUGCAGUAUCUUCUGGAAGGGCAGGCUGCAGAGGUACUCUCACCUGAUGGACUGAAGCGUUGCCGGGUUCACUCAUUAAACCGUGAUUAGUCGUGCAGAUCUUCAGAGCCGCAAUGUUGGACUCCACUGUCAAGAAUAAGAACGGGAUGUUGACCAAAAUCCACACACGAAUCCGCACAGAGCCGUUUAAGACCAACUACGACCUCGUCGGUAAAGAGCUCGGCAGAGGGAAGUUUGCUGUGGUGAAGAAGUGUGUGGAAAAGGCUACGCAGAACGAGUAUGCCGCCAAGUUCCUGCGCAAGCGGCGGAAGGGUCAGGACUGCCGCGCUGACGUCCUGAACGAGAUCGCCGUGCUCGAGGCAGCCAAGGCCAACCCUUACGUGGUGGGGCUGCACGAGGUGUACGAGACCAGCUCUGAGAUCAUCCUGGUGCUUGAAUUUGCUGCUGGAGGAGAAAUCUUCAAUCAGUGCGUGGCCGAUAACGACGAGGCCUUCACAGAGAAAGACGUCAUCCGGUUGGCCCGGCAGAUUCUAACAGGCGUAGCGUUCCUUCAUCGCAACAACGUCGUCCACUUAGACCUGAAGCCUCAGAACAUUCUGCUAACCAGCGCUCAGCCACUCGGGGACAUCAGGAUCGUAGAUUUCGGUCUGUCUCGGCACAUGGACGACAAAACAGAAGUGCGCGAGAUCUUGGGAACUCCAGAGUACACCGCUCCGGAGAUUCUGAGCUACGAGCCAAUCAGCACUGCUACGGACAUGUGGAGCAUCGGCGUGCUGACGUACGUGAUGUUAACGGGAGAGUCUCCUUUCCUGGGCGAGGACAAGCAGGAGACGUUCCUGAACGUCUCCCAGGGCAACGUGGACUACUCCCAAGACGUCUUCCACGGGAUCUCGGACCUCGCCGUGGAUUUCAUCCAAUCUCUGCUCCACCUAAACCCCAGUGAACGCUCCACAGCAGACGAGUGCCUGCAUCACCCCUGGUUAAACACAGAGUCUCACACACACCCCGCUACCGCCGCCACCACCACGCUCGACGAGCAGGAAACCAGCCAAUCAGAAUCCGAGCCCGAGACUCCCGAUUCGUCUCCAGAGCUUCUCGACAUCCCGUCGUAUCCCACUUUCCCCGGACAGGGGGACCUGAAAACGGGCCGGGACACAUUCACUUUCACCGAGUCGUUCCCUACUCGCCCUGAAAUGCAGCAGGAGCUGAUCUGUUAGAGUGACAGCCAUGCCGUCCAAUCAGAAGAGAGCUCAGGUUGUCAGCGACGUUAGGAAAAGACACUGGUGUGAGUUGGGCUGCCCAGGUGUUUUUGGCCCCGGUGGUGUGCCCGUUGCGGGGGUGUGUUUGUGUCUGUGUGUACCUUUUUGUGUGUCUGGGUGUGUGUGUAUGAAUUUAGGUAUGUACAUGUGACUGCAGCUAGUAAGAAGUGCCCUUUAACAAGCCCUUAAGAAGCCUAUGAUCAUUGCAAAUUGUUAAUAAAAAGUUUUUUUUAAUUAAUCAAUUAAAAAGUAGGUUUCUCUCUGCACACGCACGCACGCACGCACGCACGCACAUACACACACCAGUGUAAAUAGAAGCUUCUGUGGUUACCGAGUGUCUGUUAGUCUGCUGGUCGGAAUUGAAUUGUGGGUAAUCCUAAUCCGGAGAGCUGGACCCUCAACACCAACGAAUGCUCAUGAGGUCAAAGACGACAGCCUGUUAAAACGGACACUCCGUCUGCUUUAAGACUCGUACUGAGGUGUGCGCACGGAGACUUCACCAACGGAUCGUGAGAUCAGGUCCUUCUCUUAGGACUGUUCAAACUUGGGAAUAGUAGCUUCUUCUUUAUUUUACAGCACUUUUGGAAUUAAAAAAAAAAACAACAAAAAAACCCAAAAACAAAAAAACUGACAUGGCAAAUGUGCCAAAGACUUUGGUUCAGAUAAGCACAGUUUAGAGUUCGUGUCCACACUCCAUCACUGUAACCUCUGUGUGUAUCACCGUCUCCACCACGUGCCACAAACACGCGCUUUUUCUGUUCCAUAGAUUUAUGAACGUUUUGCUGCGGUUGCACAAGUUUUAUUGUAUGGUAUUUACGGUUUUUUUUUACAGACCUUUUUUCUUUCUAUCUGUUUUUUUUUUUUUUUUUUUUGUUGUUGUUUUUUUUUUUUUUUUUUAAAUGUAAAAUUUCCAUUUCUUUACAGAACAAAAUUGGCAUUCUCACAAGAUAUGGUUACAUCAUCUUGAUCUGUAAAUUGUCUGUCUGGGUUGGGGAAGCGUUUUGGUUUGAUUUGGUUUACUGAUUUUUUUCAAGAGACUCGAGGGUCAUUGGCGAAUUCAGAAAACGUCUGUGGUUUGUGGGAGACGAAUACAUUUUGAGGAGUGUAUAUAAUUAAAAAGGAUUUGUUUGUUUUUAAGAGAGAAUAUUGUGUAAAAUUAACUAUUUUUCUAUU